CUAAAGAAGGAGAAGUGACGUCAUUGUUAUGCGACCAGUGGAGAAAUGGCGAGCAACAAAAAUAGUGUACUUCUCUCUUCUUUGGCGGAGUAUGGCGACGACUCUGAGCCAGAUUCCAACCCAGAAACAGAAGAAACAGAGAGCCAUGGAGUCGGUCUGGUGUCAGCUGCCUAUGGAGAGGACGACAUUAACCGGAUUGAGGAUGGCGACGACAAGGCAUCUGGAGACGAGGACAGCGGGGAAAGCUCCCGUAACUCUGAAAUGGAUGAGUCAGACGAGGGGGGAGACACAGAUGAUUAUAAGGAGAUCCCAGAGGCAGAGAGGAGAGACCCCAAUGAGCUGGUCGCUCUGUUCUCAGAGAAAGUGAGGAACAUGUCACCUGACAAGAUCCGGAUCCCCCCUGAACCACCAGGACGCUGCUCCAGUCACCUACAGGUGAAGAUCCAGAAGCUGUAUGAGAAGAAUCUACAUGGAGACUUAGACACAAACAACCACAUUCAGAGGAAGAAAGAGUUCAGGAAUCCCAGUAUCUAUGAGAAACUCAUCCAGUUCUGUAGCAUAGAUGAACUGGGAACCAACUACCCUAAAGACAUGUUUGAUCCUCACGGCUGGCCAGAGGACUCUUACUAUGAGGCACUGGCCAAAGCUCAGAAAUUAGAGAUGGAUAAACUGGAGAAAGCCAAGAAGGACAAGACGAAGAUUGAGUUUGUGACGGCCACUAAGAAGGGCAGCAACCCCACCAACGCAGCAGUUCCCACAACCAAUACGGCUGCUAGUACCGUGACAGAAGCUCAGAAGAGGAAGAGUAAGUGGGACUCUGCGGUGCCCGUGACCCUGGCCCAGCCCGCCCUGCUCACUACCACGGCAACCCUGCCAGCGGUUGUCUCCGUGACGACCACCGCCAGCGGAACCAAGACCACUGUAAUCUCUGCCGUAGGCACCAUCCUGAAGAAAGCCAAGCAGUGAACAGGGAGGAAGUGUGUGUUUUUGGAUGGAUGAGAGGAUAGAAGAGAGGAUGGAUGGAUGAGAACGUGUGUUAGCGAGAGAAGUGUGUUAGGGUGUAUGGUCCUGUGUGACUGUAUUGUUUCAGAGAGAAUGUCUUCCCGACAAUAUAGAACAUUUCUAUAUUCAUCAUCAGCCAUACAAGACUUCUGCAUCUCUCCUUCUGUUUCUGGGAUGUUUGAUCUACAGGUCAAUGGACUCCAUCCUGACUUGAGAUUUAUUUAUAUCAAUGUGAGAUUCCUCUUUCAUCCAGCUCUCCAGUGAGCACUCUGUUGAAGUUAUGCAUUGAUCUGUUUUGUGUUUGUCAGCAAGAAACUGAGUUUAGAUGUUAGCUUAAAGACUGUCCGUUGGAAAACCAUCCUACCUAGGAAGUAACCUAGUUAUGGCGUAAGUUACUAGUCUCAUGUCUGAAACUCGAAGAGUUAGUCUCUCACUUCCCAUCCUCCAGUAAAGUGGUUUCUACCCACCUGUUAUGGUAACGUAUAUAUUUGUAUUAUAUCUGGGCUGUGUUUUGACCAUGUACUGGAAUGUGGUCUAGUGAAGAUGAAAGAGGAAUACUCAGACUAUGGAUAUUUGCAUCAAUGUUCUUUGCCUCAUUUAAUUUUAUUUUAAAUGGCCUAUUGGAAGAGCUUAGGGGGAAUCCUUUUUUACAAAUGUACAUAUAUAUUGCUGCUGAUGAUGGUAUGAUCAAUAAAACAAACGUCAUACUGCUUUUUCAA